AUCACUUUCCAAACAGUCAGGCUGAGCUGGAGGUCCGAGGCUCCUUCUACUCCACACAGUGAAGCAGGGUGUCAGGGAUUUUCACACUAAAGGCCUCUUUCCCUCAGCCAGAUUCAGCUCCAGGACCAUGGCACAAACAGCUCCCGUCGAUCCAACCAAGUUGGGAGUGGGUCGGGCGAUCGCUGUGCUGACCUCGGGAGGAGAUGCCCAGGGUAUGAACGCAGCAGUGAGGGCCACAGUGCGAGUGGGAAUUUACACUGGAGCCAAGGUGUUUUUUGUCCAUGAGGGUUACCAGGGGCUGGUGGACGGUGGAGACCACAUUCGACCUGCUACCUGGGAGAGCGUGUCAAUGAUGCUGCAGCUGGGUGGGACUGUGAUCGGAAGUGCCCGCUGUCAGGAUUUCCGCACAAAGGAGGGACGCACCAAGGCCGCCUGUAACCUGGUCAAGCUGGGCAUCACCAAUCUGUGCGUGAUCGGAGGCGACGGCAGUCUAACGGGUGCCAACCAGUUCCGCUCAGAGUGGAGCGAACUGCUGGCGGACCUGGUCAAAGCUGGUAAAAUCACCGCCAGUGAGGCCAAGACGUCCUCUCACCUCAACAUCGUGGGCAUGGUGGGCUCCAUAGACAACGACUUCUGCGGCACAGACAUGACCAUCGGCACGGACUCCGCCCUGCACCGCAUCAUAGAGAUAGUGGACGCCAUCACCACCACGGCGCAGAGUCACCAGAGGACUUUUAUCCUGGAGGUAAUGGGCAGACACUGCGGUUACCUGGCUUUAGUGACAGCUCUGGCCUGUGGCGCUGACUGGGUGUUCAUCCCAGAGAUGCCCCCAGACGACGGAUGGGAGGAGCAUCUGUGCAGGAGACUGACUGAGCAAAGGAGCCGAGGCACCCGUUUGAACAUUGUCAUUGUUGCAGAGGGAGCCAUGGACCGUCAGGGUAAACCGAUCACCUGCGACCUGGUCAAAGAGCUGGUGUCCAAGCAGCUAGGAUUUGACACGCGGACCACCGUCCUGGGCCACGUGCAGAGAGGUGGAACUCCCUCUGCCUUUGACAGGAUUCUGGCGAGCAGGAUGGGCGUGGAGGCCGUGAUGGCUCUGCUGGAGGCCACGCCGGACACGCCUGCCUGCGUGGUCAGCCUGUCCGGGAACAUGGCUGUCAGGCUGCCUCUGAUGGAGUGCGUGCAAGUGACUAAAGAUGUCACCACAGCCAUGGGUGAAGGGAGGUUCGACGAUGCAGUGAAGCUCAGGGGAAAGAGCUUUGAGAACAACUGGAACACCUACAAAAUGCUGGCCCACGUACGCCCCCCAGACACAAAGAGUAACAUCAACAUCGCCAUUCUGAAUGUGGGAGCUCCGUGCGCUGGAAUGAAUGCUGCCGUCCGCUCGGCCGUCAGGAUUGGGCUCCUGCAGGGUCACCAGAUGCUGGCGGUGCACGAUGGCUUCGAUGGCUUGGCACACGGAAUGAUUGAGCCUAUUGGUUGGUCUGGAGUAGCAGGGUGGACAGGAAAGGGGGGCUCCAUGCUGGGAACUAAGAGAUCUCUGCCAAAUGAAUUCAUGGAGGAAAUCAGCUUGAGCAUCACUAAGUUUAACAUUCAUGCUGUCGUCAUAAUUGGAGGCUUUGAGGCGUUUGUUGGAGGGCUGGAGAUGAUGCAGGCUAGACACAAGUAUGAGGAACUGUGUAUUCCCCUUGUUGUAGUUCCUGCUACUGUUUCCAACAACGUCCCUGGAUCAGACUUCAGUAUUGGCGCUGACACGGCCCUUAACACUAUAACAAUGGUACAAUUCAUACAGUACACAAAAACACCCGCAAAUGAAACCGUUAAUGAUCAAACUUACUAUAUUCAAUGUUCUUUCAGUUGUCUCUCUCUUGUGGUUCAGACAUGUGAUAGGAUCAAACAGUCCGCUGCCGGCACCAAGAGGAGAGUGUUCAUUGUUGAAACAAUGGGAGGAUACUGUGGCUACCUGGCAACCAUGGCCGGCUUGGCAUCUGGAGCGGAUGCUGCCUACAUCUAUGAAGAGCCCUUCAACAUUCAUGACCUGGAGUUGAAUGUGGACCAUCUAGUGGAGAAGAUGAAGACCACAGUGAAGAGAGGACUCAUUCUCAGAAACGAGAAAUGCAACGCAAACUACACCACAGACUUUAUCUUCAACCUGUACUCAGAAGAGGGCAAGGGUGUGUUUGACUGCAGGAAGAAUGUACUUGGACACAUGCAGCAGGGGGGAACACCCAGUCCUUUUGACAGGAAUUUUGCCACCAAGAUGGGAGUCAAAUCCGUCCUUUGGUUGACUGACAAGCUGAAGGAAUGCUACAGACACGGACGCAUUUUUGCCAACUCUCCAGACUCUGCCUGUGUGCUGGGCAUGAGGAAGAGAUCUUUGGUCUUCCAGUCUCUGGCAGAACUUAAAGAACAAACUGACAUUGAACAUCGUAUUCCAAAGAUUCAGUGGUGGCUACGACUGAGGCCCAUUCUGAAAAUCCUGGCCAAGUACAAGAUCAACCUGGACACCUCUGAGAAGACUGCCAUGGAACAUGUCAUCAAGAAGCGAGGCUUAGUUCCACAGUAGUUAUUACUGCCAUUGAGAUCUGGCAUGUUCUGUCUUCUUUUUGAAGCACUUUGUAACCUCAGACUCUGAAAAGUGUUAUGCAAAUAAAGCUAAUAAGUAUAACACCAACACAAGGUAUAGAAUUAAUGCCCAAAGUCACUUUUGAAUUAUGACCCUCUAUUUUGGUCAAAUACCAACAUAUUUAAAACAAUUAAUGUGUUCCUAGUUUUAGUUAGUAGGAAUUACAGCUAUUUCCAUCUUCUGGACUACACUGUUUUUUGCACUCUUGUCCACACUGGAACAUUAAUGCUGUUAUUAAGCUGCUUCUUUAUAGUGUUCUGACACCAAAGGAUCAUGAUGAAACUCAUGUCUUAACUGUCCUGGAUGUUAUCUAGGUUAUGAAUCAAGUAACUUAUUUAUCUCCUCCUUUGUAUUUAUUAAGGGUCUGUUUAAUUAUCAUGUUCUUUGCUUGGUAUAAACUAUUCAGUCCAACUUUAAUCACCAUUGAAUGACGUAAUAAAGAAGGUCAGAGUCACA